CCUUCCACGGACCCACCCCAGGAGCGUGACAGCAGGCGAUGACCAUCAUGAGACCAGGACCAGGAGAUGCCCCUCGGCUGGACCUGGGCAAGAAGGUCAGCACGCCACAGGACGUGAUGAUAGAGGAGCUGUCACUGCGGACAAACCGGGGCUCCCAGCUCUUCCAGCAGAGGCAGAGGCGGAUGCAGCGCUUCAUCUUUGAGUAUCCCAGCAGCCACAGGAAGCUCUUGGGGAUGGGGGCAGGUGAAUCACACGGUGUGGAGAAAGGCUACCUAGAGGGAACGGCAAACGAGUGGACGGCACAUGACAACGCUGAGGGCCAACAGAGCUACCGCUCCGAGCUCCACGUGGCGGCAUCAGUGCAGGGGGGCCCUCCCAAAGUGCCCAAGAAGACAGAGAAAGUCUUGCAGAUGAGCAAAGCCCUCAACCCAGAUGCUCUGGCCCCAGGCUACUCUGGCCCCCUCAGAGAAGUCCCCCCCGAGAAGUUUAACGUCACUGCCAUCCCCAAGGGCUACCGUUCCCCGUGGCAGGAGUUCCUCAGCGAGAAGGACUACGCUGCGGACAGAGAGAACCAGCUGCCCAUGAAACACGCUCACGGGGACUUCAGAAGCUUCAAUAGGACUCCCAUCCCGUUUGGCAGAGCACAAGUCAGCGACACGUUCUCUAUGCCUGCAAUGGAGCUAGAUAACCUGAGCGCUCUGGAGCUGAUUUCCCACAGACCCAACUUCAACAGAGCACCACAAGGUUGGGUACGGAUUCUACCAGAGAGCGACGACCUGUAAUACAUGCCCUUCCUCAUUGCUGCAGACGCUUUUCUUGCUAGACUCUAACAUACGCCGCGCAGUGGGGCAGAAAGGAGUAAAUAUUCUUGCCUAUGCACUUUGUGAAAGCUAAGCUAGCGGUCUCAGGUUGUCAUCCUUUUCCAUGGGAUUUGAACAAGGUCAAGUUCGGGACCAUCUUGAAUGCCUCUCUUACCAACCACUGUCACAAGGGCAUUUAGCACUAACCUACCCAGCCAAGUUCUCAUCUCUAAUGCAGGAUCCCUGUAAGCUCCGGUAACCAUCACCGUACAAAACAUCCUGUACUGCCUGUCCUCUCCCCUACGUCGUGGAAAAUGGCAGAACCACCAGCUGUAACAUCCAGUUGUCUCGCCGCUUCUUCACUGACACACAACACCAGCUUCAACAGGUGGUGCCUCUGCAGAGAAAUUCCAGCUUAAGGACAACUCUGCAUCUGUUAUUCUGGUGAGAGGAGGCAAUAAUUGAAGAACAUUCACAAAACAAGUUACUAGCAGCACUGGUGUGUAAAAAGCUGUUACCUUGCACUUGAUUGAAAACGAAAUGCUGAACUGGGCAUUUGCCUGUUUACCAACAUACGUACAGCACAACCUGGGUAUAUGGGACGGGAACAACAUCGUGAGUUGGAAACUUGUGACACAAGCUUUCUCCACAAGCUGCUGGCUAGCACUUUACAGUUGUCAUUCUCCCUUUCCUGUCUGCAUGCCUUGCUUGAAUGUCUAAGCUCUUGGUUAAGUUAUGCCAGAUUUGCUUUACACAGUGGGUCAAUAAGGAUCAGGCCCUGUCUGGAGCAGAUCCACAGCACAACCACACCAGUCUCGGGAGUCUGCAAGAUAUUGCAGGUGUCAGGAUAUACCAGUAACUUAAACAUCAGUGGGAAGGAAGAACAGCCCAGCCACGUCUCUACAGCAAGCACAGGCUUCUCCAUGAAUGCGAAAGUCAGCAGGGAGGCUUUGACUGCACAAACGUUUUCACCAGUGACAUACAAGGGGAUGUCCAACCACAGCAUAGUAGGACAGUUGCCAGAAACGUCUGGAAAACCCUACUUACAGCUAACAGAAAGCUCCAAGUUAAUACGCGGUAUCUACAUUUGUUCAACUCCUUUUAAUGUUACCUUUACUUAAUUUUGCAAAACCAGGGGCACAUUUACUUUAAUCAAGAUAAAAAUAUUGUUGUUUUCUACCACUAUGGAUAAACUAGACAAGUAAGUUUUGUAUGCUAGCUGGUAAAAAUGCAGUUAACAGCAGCCUUAAUUGUAAAAUAUAUUUCUAGUACAGUGAAGACAGAUGUGCAGAGGAAACGUCACACAGGAAUUCUGCUCUAACAUCAUUCAGAAGAAAGUUUUCAUUCCUCUGUUCUUCCGCCAGAAACACAACAG